ACAGUCCAUUUAUGGGCGCAGCCGAGGGCAGAUAUCAGUGUCGAUGGCAUUCGCUCCCAGCUAUUCUUAGGAGCCUCUCAAGAGCUCCACGCAGCCCAGCUGGGCAGCAAGGGACAGAGCAGAGGCGGCCGCUGACAGCACCAGCAUGUCUUACAGUGUGACCCUGACUGGGCCUGGGCCCUGGGGCUUCCGUCUGCAGGGGGGCAAGGACUUCAACAUGCCCCUCACUAUUUCCCGGAUCACACCAGGCAGCAAGGCAGCCCAGUCCCAGCUCAGCCAGGGUGACCUUGUGGUGGCCAUUGACGGCGUCAACACAGACACCAUGACCCACCUGGAAGCCCAGAACAAGAUCAAGUCUGCCAGCUACAACUUGAGCCUCACCCUGCAGAAAUCGAAGCGUCCCAUUCCCAUCUCCACGACAGCACCCCCAGUCCAGUCCCCUCUGCCAGUGAUCCCCCACCAGAAGGACCCCGCUCUGGAUACGAACGGCAGCCUGGUGGCACCCAGCCCCAGCCCUGAGGCGAGGGCCAGCCCAGGCACCCUGGGCACCCCGGAGCUCAGGCCUACCUUUAGCCCUGCCUUCUCCCCGCCCUCUGCCUUCUCCUCACUCGCCGAGGCCUCUGACCCUGGCCCUCCGCGGGUCAGACUGAGGGCCAAGACCAGCCCGGACGGGGCCCGGGACCUACUCGGCCCGAAAGCCCUGCCGGGCUCGAGCCAGCCGAGGCAAUAUAACAACCCCAUUGGCCUGUACUCGGCAGAGACCCUGAGGGAGAUGGCUCAGAUGUACCAGAUGAGCCUCCGAGGGAAGGCCUCGGGUGUCGGACUCCCAGGAGGCGCCGACUACCAGGAACGCUUCAACCCCAGUGCCCUGAAGGACUCGGCCCUGUCCACCCACAAGCCCAUCGAGGUGAAGGGGCUGGGAGGCAAGGCCACCAUCAUCCAUGCACAGUACAACACGCCCAUCAGCAUGUACUCCCAGGAUGCCAUCAUGGACGCCAUCGCUGGGCAGGCCCAGGCCCAGGGCAGUGACUUCAGUGGGAGCCUCCCUAUUAAGGACCUUACCGUAGACAGCGCCUCUCCCGUCUACCAGGCUGUGAUUAAGAACCAGAACAAGCCGGAAGAUGAGGCUGACGAGUGGGCACGCCGCUCCUCCAACCUGCAGUCUCGCUCCUUCCGCAUCCUGGCCCAGAUGACAGGGACAGAAUUCAUGCAAGACCCUGAUGAAGAAGCUCUACGAAGGUCAAGGCCCCAGGCCUCUUCCUACAGCCCAGCAAUGGCCGCCUCUUCAGCACCUGCCACUCACACCAGCUACAGUGAGGGCCCCGCCGCCCCUGCACCCAAGCCCCGGGUUGUCACCACUGCCAGCAUCCGGCCUUCUGUCUACCAGCCAGUGCCUGCAUCUACCUACAGCCCGUCCCCAGGGGCCAAUUACAGUCCCACUCCCUACACUCCCUCGCCUACCCCUGCCUACACCCCCUCACCUGCCCCUGCCUAUACCCCCUCGCCUGCCCCUGCCUAUACCCCCUCGCCUGCCCCCACCUACACUCCAUCCCCAGCACUAGCCUAUACCCCUUCACCUGCUCCCAACUAUAACCCCGCACCCUCAGCGGCCUAUAGCGGGGGCCCUGCGGAGCCUGCUAGCCGUCCCCCCUGGGUGACAGAUGACAGCUUCUCCCAGAAGUUUGCCCCGGGCAAGAGCACCACUUCCAUCAGCAAGCAGACCCUGCCCCGGGGGGGGCCAGCCUACACCCCGGCGGGUCCCCAGGUGCCACCACUUGCCAGGGGUACCGUCCAGAGGGCUGAGCGCUUCCCAGCCAGCAGCCGGACUCCACUCUGCGGCCACUGCAACAACGUCAUCCGGGGCCCAUUUCUGGUAGCCAUGGGCCGUUCUUGGCACCCUGAGGAGUUCAACUGUGCCUACUGCAAGAGUUCCCUGGCAGAUGUGUGCUUUGUGGAAGAGCAGAACAACGUUUACUGUGAGCGAUGUUAUGAGCAGUUCUUUGCCCCACUCUGUGCCAAGUGCAACACCAAAAUUAUGGGGGAAGUGAUGCAUGCCUUGAGACAGACAUGGCACACCACCUGCUUCGUCUGUGCAGCCUGCAAGAAGCCUUUUGGGAACAGCCUCUUCCACAUGGAAGAUGGGGAGCCCUACUGCGAGAAAGACUACAUCAAUCUGUUCAGCACCAAGUGUCACGGCUGCGAUUUCCCCGUGGAGGCCGGCGACAAGUUUAUUGAAGCCCUGGGCCACACCUGGCAUGACACCUGCUUCAUUUGCGCGGUCUGCCAUGUGAAUCUGGAGGGGCAGCCGUUCUACUCCAAGAAGGAUAGACCCCUGUGCAAGAAGCACGCACACACCAUCAACUUGUAGGCGGCUGAGGCUGCCUGUGCUGAUGAGGCCCAGAGCUGCUCCUGCUGCUGGCAACAAAGGAUUCGGGAGGCUGAUGUUUCUUCUGAGGGGAACAGGGAGAGAAAGGAAGCAACUGAGCCCUUUGGAAGUAUAAUUUUAGGUUUUUUUCUUCUGUACACAAAUCGUGUAUUUGCAUAGUUCAGACUAGGAGCCAAAUGAAGACUCAAAACCAAGCUAGUUAUUAAUCUAAGACUGGAAUUGUGCUUCAGACAUUUAGAGCAGAAUUCCAAGAACUCAAAAGUGAAAAGCAACAAGCAGCUUUCCCAAAGCGAUACACUUCCUGCGGUCACCAGAGGAGGACAGAGCUCAGAGCAGCUGUGGAGAAUCUGAAGCAUUCUGUGGAGUUCUUAAGCGCUCCCCUGGCAAACAAAUUGAAGUGCCAAACAGCACUCGCUGCAGGGUAUUUUUAGAGUCAUAGCUGAGAGCUUGUUAGCUAAGACCCAUUGGGCUUUCCUCACCAAAAAAGGAAGUGUUAUUCCAUUACUAGCGUCAUGGAGCUACCUCUGCGCAUCAGACUUCAGACCUUGAACAAACUUGAAACAUUCUAAUGGGAGCCCGGACGUCCAAAGAGAUGUCUUCUGGGAGCCACUGGGCAAUUGCCAGGGCUCCAGGAAGGGCUCUGGCUCAGGUUGCAGACAGCUGAGAAAAGAUGGCCCUGUCAGCCACCCUCUCUCAGUCUGAAACAUCCAAUGUCCCCAGAAGGCUUAGCUCCUUUUUGAAUUGUGAUGGGAAAGUAGAAUUGGGUUUUUCCAGUUUU